UCCAGUGCAAUAUGUAUGGGUCGCCACUCGUACUUGUAGCCGUCUUAGCUUUGGCAUGGACGUCCCCAGUUGCCACGGCCUUGCGCGCUGUGCCCCUGCCAGCCUCGACAUACCGCUUCGUAGGCGCCACAAGCAACUUUGGAUUGACAACGUCAGUGGACCCAGUGUGGACAAGUCCGCCAAUCUUCCAAAGCGAUGCCGUGUCCAUCACAUUGCAACUAUCGUCCCUGUCGUUGCCUUCCAACAGCUACGUCCUCCUGCGUCCUCUCGCGACCGCCGAGUACCCAACCAACGCGUCAACGUACUUUCCGAGCGGUGACACGGGCUACAUCAACGUCACCCUGCCCCGUGUGUACACAAACUACUUGGUCGUGGAAAUCUACGCUGCGGACGACCACGUGCGGUUUACAGAAGCCCAUUCGUUGCAAGUGGAUGCGUUUACUUAUAUCACAAGCGACGAUUUGGUAGCCCAAACCCAAGCGCUUGGCCGUCGCGAAGCCCUCUGCGGCACCGAUGACAGUGUGCACGCCGUAUGUGGUUACAACCCUGCCAGCGCCACUAACAGCAUGUACGCCCAUUCUCGCCCCGUGGUACGCAUCACGGUCGACCCGAACAAUCCGUUUGGAACCGAUCUGUGCACGGGCUGGCUGUGGGGCUCAGACGGUCACAUCGUGACCAACAACCAUUGCAUCGGCAGCAUCGCCGAAGCGUCCACGGCCCAAUUUGAAUUCGUUGCGGAAACCAUUGACUGCAACGAUUCCAUGCGGUCGACGUGUCCUGGUGUGAUUGAAGUCGUGUCGGCCAAGCUCGUGUAUACAAAUCCAACGUUGGACUACUCACUGCUCAAGGUUGACGGCGCCGUAGCUCGGAAAUACGGGUACCUGCAAGCAACGCCGGUCGCCCCAGUAGUAAACUUGCCUGUGUACGUGCCCCAACAUCCUCGGGGCGGGUGCAAAUUGAUUUCGUUCCUGGACUCGACGUCCCGCGGUCCCGUGACCAUCACAAGUCUUCAAACCGCAGGUUGCGAGACAAAGGGGGGACUCAAGUACAACGCAGACACGGACGGCGGGUCCUCUGGCUCGCCUGUGAUUUCCGCCAUCGAUCACUCUGUGGUGGCGUUGCAUUAUUGCGGCGCCUCCAGCUGCAACAACGCUGGGAUCCCCAUGUUGAGCAUCGUGGCGGACCUACAAAGGCGAGGCUUUCAACUCCCUCCGGACGCAGUCGCCCUGCCCAAAUCCGUCGGAUCAGGGCUCAUCCCCCCCUUUAAUGACCCCCGGAUCAACCCCCGCCCCCCCGUCGCAAACUUUGGUCCCCCUGUCGCCUUCAACGGCAUCCUCCGGCGGCUUGGCACGUCGGCGCGUUCGUUUCAAACGACGGUGGACCAAUACGAGAUCACAUUGGACGCCCCGGGCCAAGUGGCGGUCGACAUCUUGUCGUAUGAGAUUGACGAAGUCGCCAACGCCUACGCCGACCUAAACCACGAUUGCCGGUUCAACUUUUUCGACUCCAACGUGUACGUGUACUCGCGGGACCCGAGUGUACCCAAGUACACGGCGUAUUUCAACGACGACGUGGACUGGAUGCUUCGGCCGUCAGACGGUCGCUCCGAUGGCAGCGUGUCGAAGAAGGACUCGUUUUUAGUUGCAACGUUGCCCAAAGGCACACAUGUAGUUGCUGUGGGCGUGAGCAACCUGUCGUUGAAAAACGCCAACGAAGCCGUUAACGAAUACAGAUGGGCCGCCUUGGAGAGCUGUGUGGGUGAGAACCCGGCGGUCAAGGCGGAAGGCACGUACCGACUGACGCUGACAAGCACCGUGGGGAUCACCGUGGGAAAGGCCCCCCCGAAGAACCCGUCGCCCCCCGCGCAAUGCACAACCGACUUGACGCAGCUUCAGGCCGAUUGCGCCAAUGAACAACAAGCGUAUUUCAAUCAACAAAUGAAUGCCUAACCCUUCUAACCCCUCGUGGAUUUAGUGAUAUCAAUAUAGUUGACAAUAUUUGAC